AUGAAUUAAACUGCACCAGUUCUCACUUUGCAGAAAAGAAGUUACUUGUUCAAAGCUUGUCUAGCCUCUCUAUUUGGAGGACACUCAUUACACCUACCAACAAAGCUAUAUAUCAUAUAGGUGAUUAUAUAACUCGUAUCUGUAAUUCAAACCUACAUAAUUGGGAAAUUUGUAGACAACUAUGCUGUUGUGUUGAUAGUGCCUGCCAUUAUCAACACGAUCCUUUAGAUAUGCUUGAAUUACUUUACAGACGAGGAGCAUCGCAAGACCAGAGCAUAGAUCGGAUCGUAAAUUGGAAUACUGAUUCCUCAAACCUUAGGAACUGCUUCAGCAGUCAAAUAUGGUGGGACAGUUUUGGAUGCGAUAGUAUUUUUUUUCUUGUUUCCUCGAGAAUAAAAUGUAGAACUCGGAUAUACUCAAUUGGAGGCAUACUCUCGAUCUAGAUAUGCUUGUUUGUUUUUGAAAUUGAUUUUGAUUUUCACUCAUGUAGACAGGAUGAUCAUAGCCAACAUCAUUAGAUACAUUUACUACUUCACACCUAUUCUGUUAUGGAUGGGAUUGUAUGGGCAGUUUUCAUAAUUUUUGGAAUAUGUGGGUGAGCAAUUCAAUUUCCUGAUGGGAUCAUCAUACCAAUCGACUCAGAAACGAACAUAUUUAACUGUAUUAUUAAACGUCGUCCUUAUUGCCAUCUGUCUUGGAUUAUCAUACAUGAAUAAUAGUAGUGGAGUGGCAAUAAUAGUAAGUGGUAUAUUGGUGAACAUUAAAAUGUUCAACAUUUUUGGGUCCCUGCCCAAGGAUGACAAUCAAAUUUACAAGUAGAAUUACUUGGAUAGACCAUAUCUGUUGGCUAACCUGAUAAGUACUUUGUUGAAUGCAUUUUCAAUAAUUCUAUGCGGGGUCUUGGCCUCCUCUCAUUACAAAGAACUCUACUAUGCCAUUAUCCCUCUAUUUUUGGGUUACAUCCUACUUCAAUUGAAAUUUGAAUCAUACGUUAAAUACUACAAAAUCUUAUAUGCUGCAGUUGAAUGUGCAUGCAUAUCCAUGAUGGAUUACAAUUUUGAAGGGAUCUUCUCACAAAGGUUGUUUGAAUGCACAACGAUAAUCAGAUUGUACAGUCUGAUCCAUUCGAAUCCUAAUUAUUUGUUUUUCGAAUAAUUGGUAUGCUUUAUAGUUUCAUUCAAAACCAGUUAUUCGAUGGCUUACUGCUAAUUGAUUGGAUUCUUGGUAUAAAUAGCUCUGAGAUUUGCAAUUAGAAUGAAGUCUCGAUUCUUAAUAUGGAUUAUAGCAAAUUAGAAGAUGUUGACAGUGAAGAAGCAGAAGGUAGAGGGAGCUGCAUGUAUCACCACAUUGCAAUUGAUAAUGUGUCCAAUAACAUUCUUAAUUAUGCUUAUUUCCAGCAUUUUGGAUAGUCCUUACAUGCCAUUCUUGGGACUACCCCUAUUUUACUUUGCAUCCUUGAGACCUUUCAGAAACACUAUCCACAUUCAAAAACACAUUGAGAACUCAUCAGAGGGAUCAAUUUACAAUGCCUAUUUGAGUAAGGCAUACAAUAAAUUGCUGAGUUCUCAACCCUUGUGGAGUCAUUAUCUGGUAAGAAUAGGGAAGUACUUGGGAAUCAUCCAAGUGUUGGAAUAUCAAGGGGGAUAUGCUGUUAUCCAAUUCAAGGGUUUGGAAUCAUAGGAGACCACGAGUUGUCAUGGCAUAGAAGCAAGAGAAGUCGAUAGAUUGGUGGAUGCAAAGGAUUGUGGAUCAUUUUGUGGGAGUGCUUUGACUUUGCAGCAAAAAUUCCAAAUCUCCAGUUACGAGGAAAAUUAGUUGAGUUUGACUGGUACGAUAGAAGCAUCUGAAUUUGUGAGUGGAUUCAAGAAGAUUUAUUUAAGGACACUAUGUUAUUACGUUUAAGAAUUAAAUGAGAGUCAUUAAAAAUCAAUUGUUGAUUUAUCCAACAGAUUUGAAGGGUAUGAAAGUUAUUUUCCGAAUUCAUUCGCAGAUUGUAUCAAAUUGAAAGACUUGUUUUCAUCCUUUAAGAAUAAUAGUCUAGAUCAACAGUCAGAAAUCUAAAUAUAAAUCAAACCAAAUCCUAAAACUCAAAUUAAACCUGAAGAAGAUGAUAUCAUGAAAAUGUUGGAUGAUUAUACAUAAGAUAUUCCCCAAUAAACUAAGAAAUUGUAGUAGCCAGUAGGAAAACUCUACAAUCAUGUUUAGAGAGCCAUCUUGUACAUCUACUAGGUUUCUUUGGGGGAUUUAGACUUCAACUAUGAGAGCAAAUUGAAUUAGAAGGGUCUCUUCAAUUUAUUCCAGAGUUCGAAGUCUCUAUCGGAACAACGACAAAUGAAAGGAGUGGAUCAAAUACUAUCCGAGAUUGCCACUAAGGCUGUCAGAAGUGCUUUGAAGUUGGGUUUGGACUUUUACUGCGUUGAGGGUCAUUUGGAGAUGAGUGAUGCAGAUUUGUUAGAAGAAUUGAAAAACAGUGCUGACUGUUUUAUUGGGAUGGGCAAUGAAAAAGGAUGGCAAACAGCCAUGCAAAGCAAUCUCCUCUUGUGGUCUUUGGGUUACGAUUCUGGCAAGAACAAAUUGACAGUUUAUCGACAUUCAUACACUGAUAUUGACUGCCAGAUCUUCAGAUUCGAUAGCGAGGUUGUUAGGGGGAUAGAGGCCAAUCUACAGAUGGAGUUGUUGUUUGCUACGAAUGACGAUGAAGAACGAUAUUCUAUUUAGACACAUGAGCAGUUUUUUAGAAACAUGAUCAUCGAGGGGUCGGAAUUACCGUUAGGAUAUGCUCCAUUUUACUCUGGACCGGUAGUCAUUAGUUUAAGGUGA